AAAAAAUCAGAAACAGCUAUAAAUCAGAAUCAAAUUGGGCACACACAAGGAAUAUGUUUAUCUGGAAUUUUGAUUUUCCGCAUUGAGCAACCCAAAGAGCUCCAAACAAAAGUCGAAAAAGCAGCCAAUAACAAGCCUUAUGCUCAAGCUGCUGCAGUGAAAAAGUAAAUAAAGCUGAUAUAGCGCCACGUGAAAUACAAGCCAGCAAGUGUAAACAUUUCCAGAAAUAAAACGAAAGCAUCGACUGGCGCUUAGACAAAUAAACAUUGAAUGCGAAUUGCAAACGCCAUUCAAGAAAAAAUGAAACAGUAGAAGGUCGAACCUGCAAAAACUUCAAUUCUGUUUCGUGUAUAGAUUAUAAAAUGAACGUUGUUUGCUAAUAUUUAUCCGACUUAAACCCCAAAACAAGAGGGCCAAAAAAAUACUGAAUCAAUAGAUGAAAUAUAAAAAUAAGUUUACCAAGCAUAACUAUUUGGACAUCUAAACUUCGCUCAGGUAUAAGCAAAAUUGCUGCAGUCACACAUGCCCAUCCAUCGCUACCUAAAAUUGACAGCAACGAGCUCAAUAAGCUGCGAAACCAACGCCGUGUUUCCGUUUGCCUUCGAGUCCUGAUGUUGGGGAAGGAAAUGAAAUAAAUCAAGGCUCAUUAGAGGCCUCGAGUGCACCAAAGCCGAGUCGACAGUUGAUGUCAACUUAAUCAUCAUCAGGACAACACAUUCGGCGCCUCCAGGAGUGGAAUUUCAACUCCUUUUCUGGCGAUAACACGACAUAUUGCCAGCUCAUUACGCCAGACUGUCUGCCAGUGUGGGAGUGUCUAAUGGGUAUGCCUUCUUUUGUCAGCUUCCUACUUAUUCUGCGGCGUUCUAACUUUCCAUCAUCCGCCCCUUGUCCCCUGUCCUAAUAAUAGCAACAUUACACAAGUAAUUAGUCACGCAUUUAAUUAUUAUUUAUGGUUUUUGUCACAGUGUGCGGGUGUGUCUCCGCUUUUCAUCCUUGGGACUCCAAUUCAUCCUUUUGCCCGUGAGCGUGUGUGUGACUAACAAUUAUUACAUGUAAUUAUCCACUUGAAUGCCUGUCCCUGAAUUAUCAGUGAAUUUAUAUGACACGUCUGAUAAAAGUUAGUUGGUCUGUUCUGGAUUGGCAUGCUAUUAACAUAUGCAUGUCUACCAAAUAUCGUGGACGGCAAUAGCAACCUGUUGCCCAUUAUUUCUGCGCCAUCGCCCAUUGAUAAUGAUUACGUUUACAUUGCUUCAGUCAAUAGCAAAUUUCCCCAGUUCGGCAACGCUUUGGAUGAGGAGCAGGAGGCCGAGGAGCAGCAGCCAGAGGAGACCACCUAUCCGCCGCCCGUUUUCGACUUUGGGAUGCCCAGAAACAUUACGACCAGGACGGGACACACGGCGGCCAUCAACUGCCGCGUGGACAAUCUGGGGGAUAAAUCGGUAUCCUGGAUAAGAAAACGCGAUUUGCACAUUCUGACUGCAGGCAUUUUGACCUACACAUCUGAUGAGCGUUUCAAGGUGGUGCGGACCGCCGACUCCAAGGAUUGGACAUUGCAUGUGAAAUAUGCCCAGCCACGUGACAGCGGCAUCUACGAAUGCCAAGUGAAUACGGAGCCAAAGAUUUCGAUGGCAUUCCGCCUGAAUGUCAUAGUAACGCCGCCAGAUGCCAAGGCGAUUAUUGCCGGCCCCACGGAUUUGUACGUCAAGGUGGGAAGCAGCGUCACACUCACAUGCCUCGUCAAGCAGCCGACGACGUCCGCGCAGGAUAUUGGGCCAAUUUACUGGUACCGCGGCCCCUACAUCCUCACACCCUUCGUGGCGCAUCCGAAUGACGCAGCCAUCGACUUGCAGCGCAUCUCCAUGGAGUCCACGCUGGCGGAGAAACUGCAGAGCAGAUUACGCAUCGCCAAUGCUCAGCUGCUGGACACGGGCAACUAUACGUGCAUGCCGACCACAGCGGAAGCGGCCAGCGUGGUGGUCAAUGUCAUCAAUGACGAGAGUCCCGCAGCGAUGCAGAAGAGCAGAGCGAUGCACAGUAGUCGCAGCAGUGGGCUAGUGCUAGUGCUAGUGGCCAUGAUGGCCAGUUCCGUGGUGCGAUGGCUCACUGGUGGCUGCCACUGGGACAGCAAGAGCUGUCGCGAUUCCUGCUCGAAUUUACACUUACUGCAUAUCAAUUAUAGCCAGCUGCACGCAAAAUCAGCACCAGCAUCAGCCAGCCACUUGGAGCAGCAUCGAAUUCCGGUCGAAUCAUGAUAAUUAAGUAGUUGCCACUUUUAAACAUCCUGUAUAUAAAACUGAAUUCAUAGUUAAGCAUAUGUAUGUAUGUGUGUAAAUCCGAUAUAUGAGAGAUGGGAAAACUGUGAGGAAUGAUUAGUUCAUAUUUCUGCCUUCGCCCUCCCAAACUUUAUUGUUCGGUUAUCAAACUUUUGGAAUGUUUGUGAAACAUUUCAACUUUCUGCAUUUAUUCAGAACUGCAGUGGUUUCCCAUCGGGCUAGUAAACUAAACUACAACUACAACUACAUUUAAUGCUAAUUUUUAUGCCUAGCGUAAAUAUUUAUGUAACGAUACAAAAAUAAAAGAUGGUGCCCAAGUAAUUAUCAAAUGUAAUAUUAAACAAAAUUACGCCCGAUAAUAACAUACAUUUAGCGAUAACAAACACAGAAUUCAUUGCAUCGUUUAUUUCAGAAUGCAAAUAUUAUUAUUGGGGUAUGUUCUGUUAUUGCAAUUAGCUAAUUAUAUUUCUCACUGUGAAAACACUUGAAAACUAAUUGAACCUAACUCUCAUUAAAGCGGCAGGCGUUAAAAAAAGAAAAAAAUUUAAAUUACGCCAUCAGCAAAAAAACACAAAACGGUCACAAUUAAUUUGGAUUCAAUUUAGUUAUAGAUAUAUGAACGAUUUGUAACCAUAUAUAUCGAAAUUCUCAGUGAGAAACAAUAAAAUGUAUUUUGUUGAAAUAAAAAACUUGAUUUUAACCACCUUUACUGUACCCAC